AUGCCUCCAUUCCUUCGUGGGUUAGAGGCCCUCAAGCAGCAAGAAAGAAGAAGCAAAAGGAGACAACAGACACACCAACAGCAGCAGCAGCACCAGCACCAGCAGCAGCUCCGCACCUUCCCCCCAGUACUCAAACUCCCUGCACUCGAACAUUAUAUUGUUGAAGACCCAACCAGCACUGACAUCGGCAGAAAGUUUUCUAUGGUAGCAGACUGUCCUUCAGAUGAUGAUGAGGCAGCAGCAGCAGCAGCAGCAGGAGCAGCAGCAACAUCAGCAACUGCAGCAGCAAGCCCACCAGCACCCACAUCGGUAUCCACCCCAGCUGCAGCUCCCAGCACUGGCUCGGCACAAAUUCAGGGCAGAGUUAAGUUUGCUGUUGAGGGGCUGUUGCAGCGGCGCCAGCAGCAGCUGCAGCAGCAGCAACUCCAGCAGCUCCUUCACAGCCGAGCCCAAAGAGACAAGGCCUCUAAGACAAGAGACACACCGCCAAAUCCUGCAGCAGAUGUAGAAGCAGAUGCAGUAGCAGAUACAGUAGCAAGUAGACGAGAAGGUGAAGAGGUAGCGGGGCGAGGCCCCUGGGGGUGUAGCGACACCUCUCUUCCCUUCGCAGACGAAACGGAGAGAGAGGGGCCCCCGGGGGCCCCGGGGGCCCCAGGGGCCCCCGAGAGCCCCUAUAGAAGGAACCCACGGUCCCCCCGCGAAAACGACUGUUUGCUGUUGGAGCCAGUAGCGAUAAAGGAGCCACGACGGCGGCGGCGGCGUCAGCAGCAGCAGCACGAGGACCAGCAACAGCAGCAGCAACAGCAGCAGCAGAAGCAGCAGGAGGAGGAGGAGCAUCAGCAUCAGCGUGGUGUUCGGGUUGGCCGCGACAAGCGACAUCAUCGGGGAUCGCGAUCCCACGGUCGUCGUACUCGAUCCCAGGAUCGUCUCCAUGAGAGAGAACCACUGACACUGGGCGUUGACUACCUCGUGCUCGAUGAUAGAGACAAACAGCUGCUGCCGCUUCCUCUCUUCUGGCAGCUCACUGACAAUACCCCUCUUUGGUGUUGUCUAGCAGAUAGGGUCCCCAAAUAUAAACACAAAAUCAGAAAAUUUGUACUCAACCCAAAAAAUGCAGACUUCUUAGCUGAAGAGAAGUCGCAGCGUGCAUUCAGUGGCUCUCUAUUAGCUAAGUAUAGAAACAAGCGAUCCUGUCUCCCCCCCAAACAAAUUCAUAUUGAUGAGGGGCUCGCUCUAUCAGCUUCUGUUGUUGGAGUUGCUCUCAGAUCCAGCGGCAUGAGUCGUUCUAACCUGGAGGGUCUCUUCUUUGAGAUAGUGCUGGAGCACUGUCUCUGUGUCUGCAAUCGAUUGCCUCGUCCUAUAACUUUGCGUUUCUCUCCUCGCGACUGCGGGGGCGCUGCUGCCCAGCAGCAGCAGCAGCAGCAGCAACAGCAGCAGCAACAGCAGAAUCAGCAGCUGCUUACAUUUGAUUCCUUUAUUCCCCCUCCUCCAACAGAAAUGCAAAUAGAAGCGGGAGAAGAAGUGUCUCUUCCUGCUGACCCCUCACACAUCACUGUUUACUUCGGCCCGAGGGUCUCCAGGCCCAUCGACGUAGACUUCAUACACGCGGGGACGAGUGUGCAGCGUGUGGUGAUGCAGAACUGCAGCGAAGACACUUCCUCGCGGAGCGGGUUUCGGUUGAGCCCGGCGAUAACAGAAGGGUCUGGUUCUUUCUCAGGGGGUGAGGAGACAGGAGACAGAGGAGAGGAGACAGGAGACAGGGCAGGAGAGACAGGAGAAAAAGCUGCAGAGCCAGCUGGUAUGGAGAGCAGCGCGAGUGCUUGGGGAGAAGCUAAGACACUCGAACAGGAGACACUUCAUGAGCCCGCUGCACUGCUGCUCUGGGCGGAGACAACAGACCAUACGGGGGGCAGCAAGGCCACCAAGUCCGCGACAGCUCAGCGUCUCUUCCACGGCACCUUCGUCAGAACUCUGACGAUAUUUGCAGACUUCUGGGUGAGAAAGCCAACAUACACCAGCUAUAUACUUAGCUAG